AUGAACUCUGACACUGAACAACAAGAGUUCACUGAGAGAGAAUUAAGAGACUUUGAAGUCGAAGAGUGCAUACAAGCAAAACUACCCACAGAAUAUAUCAAGACCUACCAGACUAUCUGCAAGGUCAAAAAUAUUCCUGAAGAAUUAAGACUCAAAAACACUCCCAAGCAAGAAGCAUUUUGCAAAAUGGUCAAGAUUAUGGCCAAAGCAUUUAAGCAAGCAAUGCAAGCACAGAAACCUGCACCUAAACUGACCCUAAAGCAACCCAAUUGCUAUUUUGGUGAACGCGCGGCCUCCAUCCUAGAUGCAUAUGAGAGUGGCCGUCAGACCAGAUUUCAUGGAAUGUAUGCUGAGAGACCUGUGGCCCAACAGUACUACCAGUCAAACAACAUCGUCCCCAUAGAUUUGGACACUAUAGACAAGCAUGGUGGUUCUCGUCAGUACCGUUCCUCUUCAAGCUGCCAGUAUAACAGCUGUCCCAUGCAGAACCAACUAGAGGUGACCUGUCACUGGUGUGGUGAGCAUGGUCACAUCCGCAGGAAUUGUAGAGAUCGUAUUGAGGCGAUUAGGAAGUUGGACGAGCAACAUGGUUGA